AUGCGGGGACUCCUGGGGUUCCACCUAGACACCAGCACCCCCCAUGGUGGGAGGCCCUGCUGCCAGGGGCCAGCGGCCUGCGUCUCCCUGCAGAAGACUGCAGUCAUCCUGUGCCUGCUGCUCUGCAGCACCUCCUUGUCCCCCACACGUGGGCAGACCAAGAUUCCUCUGGAAACAGUGAAGCUAUGGGCAGACACAUUCGGCAGGGACCUGUAUAACACUGUGACCAAGUACUCAGGCUCUCUCCUGCUGCAGAAGAAAUACAAGGAUGUGGAGCCCAGUCUGAAUAUCAUGGAGGUGGAUGGCUUAGAGCUGGUGAAGAAGUUCUCAGAGGACAUGGAAGCCAUGCUGCGCAGGAAAGUAGAGGCUGUCAAGAAUCUGGUAGAGGCUGCUGAGGAGGCUGACCUGAACCAUGAAUUCAAUGAGUCGCUGGUGUUUAACUACUACAAUUCUGUCCUGAUCAACGAGAAGGAUGAGAAUGGUGACUAUGUGGAGCUGGGGGCUGAGUUUGUCCUCGAGUCCAAUGCUCACUUCAGCAACCUGAUGGUGAACACCUCCAUCAGCAGCGUGCAGCUGCCCACUAAUGUGUACAACAAAGACCCAGACAUUUUAAAUGGAGUCUACAUGUCUGAAGCCUUGAACCCUGUUUUUGUGGAGAACUUCCAGAGAGACCCAACACUGACCUGGCAAUAUUUUGGCAGCUCCACUGGAUUCUUCAGAAUCUAUCCAGGUAUCAAAUGGACCCCUGAUGAGAAUGGAGUCAUUGCCUUCGACUGCAGAAAUCGUGGCUGGUACAUACAAGCUGCUACUUCUCCCAAGGACAUAGUGAUUGUGGUAGAUACUAGUGGCAGCAUGAAGGGGCUGCGGAUGACUAUUGCCAAGCACACCAUCUCCACCAUCUUGGACACACUGGGGGAGAAUGACUUUGUUAACAUCAUUGCGUACAGUGACUACAUCCAUUACGUAGAGCCUUGUUUUAAAGGGACCCUGGUACAGGCAGAUCGAGACAAUCGUGAGCAUUUCAAACAGCUGGUAGAUGAGCUGAUGGUCAAGGGUGUGGGCAUCGUGAACCCAGCCUUGACUGAAGCCUUCCAGAUCCUCAAGCAGUUCCAAGAGGCCCGUCAAGGAAGCCUCUGCAACCAGGCCAUCAUGUUGAUCACUGAUGGGGCUGUGGAGGACUACAAGCCAGUGUUUGAGAAGUACAACUGGCCUGAUCGCAAGAUUCGAGUUUUCACUUAUCUUAUCGGAAGAGAAGUGACUUUCGCUGACCGCAUGAAGUGGAUUGCAUGUAACAACAAAGGCUACUACACGCAGAUCUCCACACUGGCAGAUGCACAGGAGAAUGUAAUGGAGUACCUGCACGUGCUCAGCCGCCCCAUGGUCAUCAACCAUGACCAUGACAUCACCUGGACAGAAGCCUACAUGGACAGCAAGCUGCUCACUUCACAGGCACAGAACUUGAUGCUUCUCACUACCGUGGCCAUGCCGGUCUUCAGCAAAAAGAAUGAAACACGUUCCCAUGGCAUUCUUCUGGGUGUGGUGGGCUCUGAUGUGGCCCUGAGAGAGCUGAUGAAGCUGGCACCCCGGUACAAGCUAGGAGUACACGGAUAUGCCUUCUUGAACACUAACAAUGGCUACAUUCUCUCACAUCCUGACCUCCGACCCCUGUACAGAGAGGGGAAGAAACUGAAACCCAAACCUAACUACAACAGCGUGGAUCUUUCUGAAGUGGAGUGGGAAGACCAAGCUGAAACUCUCAGAACAGCCAUGAUCAAUGGGGAAACAGGUUCUCUCUCUAUGGAUGUGAAGGUUCCACUGGACAAAGGGAAGAGAGUUCUUUUCCUGACCAAUGAUUACUUCUUCACAGACAUCAGUGACACACCCUUCAGUCUGGGAGUGGUGCUGUCCCGGGGCCAUGGAGAAUACAUCCUCCUGGGGAACACAUCUGCGGAAGACGGCUUGCAUGACUUGCUUCACCCAGAUCUGACCUUGGCCAGUGAUUGGAUCUAUUGCAUCACAGAUAUCGACCCUGACCACCGGAAGCUCGGCCAGCUGGAGGCCAUGGUCCGCUUUCUGACAGGACAGGACCCAGAUCUGGAGUGUGAUGAGGAGCUGGUACGGGAGGUACUGCUUGAUGCGGUGGUUACAGCCCCCAUGGAAGCCUACUGGACAGCGCUGGCUCUCAACGCCUCUGAUGAGUCCAAGCAAGCAGUGGACAUGGCCUUCCUGGGCACCCGGGCCGGCCUCCUCAGAAGCAGCUUGUUUGUGGGCUCUGAGAAGGUCUCCGACAAAAAGUUCCUGACUCCUGAGGAUGAGGACAGUGUGUUCACCAUGGACCACUUCCCUCUGUGGUACCGCCAGGCUGCUGAGCAGCCUGCUGGCAGCUUUGUCUUCAAUCUCCGAUCGGCAGAGGGACCAGAAGGUCCAAGCCAGCCAAUGGUAGUAACAGCAAGCACAGCUGUGGCCGUAACAGUGGACAAGAAGACAGCCAUUGCUGCAGCGGUGGGCGUCCAAAUGAGGCUGGAGUUCCUGCAGCGCACAUUCUGGGCAGCGACCUGGCAGUGUAGCACUGUGGAGGAGCCGUGCCUGGAGAGCUGCCAGGACAGUGAGCUGGACUGCUUCAUCAUUGACAACAAUGGGUUCAUCCUGGUCUCAGAGAGGCCCCAGGAGAUGGGAAGAUUCCUGGGGGAGUUGGAUGGUGCUCUCAUGACCCAGCUGCUCAGCAUGGGGGUGUUCAGCCAAGUGACCAUGUAUGACUACCAGGCCAUGUGCAAACCCUCGGGGCACCACCACAGUGCAGCCCGUUCACUGGUCAGCCCACUCUCUGCCCUCCUGACUGCUACCAGGUGGCUGGUGAAUGAGCUCUUGCUGCUCCUGCUGGAGUGGAGUGCCUGGGGCUCCUGGCUUGCGGACAGUGGGGCCGAGGCCAAAGCUGUCUUCCAUCACUCCCACAAGCACAAGAAACAGGACGCGCUGCAGCCAUGCGACACAGAGUACCCCGUGUUUGUGCACCAGACGGCCGUCCAGGAGACCAACGGGAUCAUUGAGUGCGGAACCUGCCAGAAGAUGUUUGUGAUGCAACAGAUUCCCAGUAGUAACCUUCUCCUCUUGGUGACAGACCCCACCUGUGACUGCAGCAUCUUCCCACCAGUCCUGCAGGAAGCUACAGAAGUCAAAUAUAACGCCUCUGUCAAGUGUGACAGGAUGCGCUCCCAGAAGCUUCGCCGGAGACCAGAUUCCUGCCAUGCCUUCCAUCCAGAGGAAAACGCCCAAGAGUGUGGUGGCACCGCGGACACCUCAGCCUCACUCCCCAUGCUCCUGCUGCCUCUGUGUGCCUGGGUGCUACCACUCCAGCUGCUGCAGUGACACCAACCCAAUCUGACCUGUUUUGACAAAAUGAUUCUUCCAGAAACAUUCUAAGGAGUCAGCACCUGGCAUGGGAUCCACCUCACUACACCUGGGCCAGGUCACUGUUCAUCUCAGUCUUGGGCUAAUGGACACUGCCUCCUGAGAUUGCUGGAUGGAACCAGAAACUACUUCUCCAAGAUCUUCCAGGGUGCCUAGUACCAUCCACCCCGAGUCUCAGUGGGCAUCCUCCCAUCCUGCCUACUACCUCUGCUUCAGGAGUCCAACACAAGCUCAACUUAGACCAAGACAAAAGAAUUUUUUUUUAGUUUUUAAGGGUUUUAUUUAUUCAUGAAAGACAGAGAGGCGAGAGACAUGCAGAGACACAGGCAGAGGGAGAAGCAGGUCCCAUGCAGAGAGCCUGAUGUGGGACCCGAUCCCGAUCCUGGGUCUCCAGGAUCAGGCCCUGGGCUGAAGGCGGUGGUAAGCCGCUGAGCCACCGGGGCUGCCCCAAGACAAAAGCAUUUAAUUCCAUCUAUUCUCUGCAAGUCCAGACCCAGCCAAGGGUCAGGUGUUUCUAAUGAAACUGGUUGGUCUUCAAUAGAAUCCGAGAACUUAAAGGUACUAAGAGGGGCAGGAUAAGGCCAACCACAAAAAUGAGAUGAAGAACACACCCCCACCUGACACAGAGCUUUCUCAAAAUGAGUGCAUGGUGGAGGGUAGUCAGUUUCCUAGCUGCUGCUCAAACAAGUUCUGUGUGUUUGAGACAGACGGACAGAAGGCAGGGAAGUAAAGAGAAAUGGGAAAACCCCAAAACAGGAACAGGUAUUAAAUCCUUUUAGAUUACUGUGGCGUGGCACGUCUGCAAACUAUUGCUUUUAAAAAUUUCCAAAACUCUCUUUACAAAAUGCUAAUGUAUAGAAGCUUUUGCAUUUAAGAAAAAGCCAAUGGGGUAAAAUAUACAGCUGCUGCACUAGACGGUGGCGUAAGAAUGGGGGAGUUGGAGGAAUAGUGGUAGCCAAGCAGAGAGGCCCAGGAAGACCAGCCUUUCACAAUGGUGUGGUAAGGGGUCUCCCCGGGAGGUCCAGAGCCCAUGGUGCUCUUUUUCUAGCCACUAAUCUACAAAAGAGACCACCUGACUCUGUGCCUGAGGCUGGCUUUUCGGGGAACAUGCCAACAUACACAGCAAAGUGCACCAGAAGGGGAGCUCUCCCCAGGUGCACCCCUCCCCCCAAGGUCUCAAGGCUCUGGGGCUUUCUCCUCCCUCCCUACCUGAGAGAGAGCAGCCUCCACUAUGAGAGCAAUUAAAGGCAGAACCAUGUAGAAAUUCUGAGGUGGCCUCAGAGCUUUAAAUUUAACCAACCUCCAAUGAAGAGGUCCUAGCCAAGCCCCAAGGUAAGCAUGGACAGUGUGCAGGGCCUCGGGUGACCCUUCUUCCCAGCUCUCCACAACUCAAAGUACCAGUUCCCGCCAGCAAAUGACCCCAAUUCCCUGUAGAGUGGGCCAAUUCUGAACAAUGAAUUCAUUGCAGUAUUUGUAAAAUGCCCUAUAUUAUUGAUCAUAUGACUUUACUUUCAACAUUUAGUCUCAAAACAAGCAUGUGAGAUAGGCAUUAACAGCCCCAUUUAUAGGGCAGCCUGGGUGGCUCAGUGGUUUAGCACUGCCUUCAGCCCAGGGCAUGAUCCUGGGGCCCCGGGAUAGAGUCCGUCGGGCUCCCUACAUGGAGCCUGCUUCUCCCUCUGCCUGUGUCUCUGCCUCUCUCCUUGUCUCUCAUGAAUAAAUAAUAAAAUCUUAAAAAAAAAAUAUCCGGUCUCCAACAGCAUCUGACCUCUACUGCCAGCUCCCAGACACAGCCUGCUAGUGUUCCUCUCUAGGACAGCAAUCCUGUCUUUUGAAAGGUCUGUCUUCCUUGCCCACCCAGGGAGAGCAUUUUCAGACAAAUUCAUCAACUACCUUGACCACGUAAUCUAAAAACCAGGAUUAGGAAGUGCUGGGGCAGCUCCCAGCCUUGUUUUGCUUCAUCAUCCCCAUGCCUCUAAAUGGCCAGGAGGAGACUGUCAAAUUGGGAAAUCACUUUUAGAACCAAUGGAGGAAAUGAACUUACUAACCUUGCUCUUCACCUGGGAAGAUGGAAUAUUGUUGUCCGCUUCGGAGGUCCAAACUAGUCUUCCUUUCUUCUUUUAACCACUACAGGACAGCAGGUGGCAGCCUAGCUCAAGCUAAAGCGCCAUCACCAAUUUCAGAUGAACAAAGUUAAAACCAAAGGCAUACAUGACAAGAUUCUGUAGGCAGAAUCUUAAAUCUCUUUUCUUAAAAAUGCUGCAUAUCUUUGGAUGACCAACAACUCAAAGCAGCUGUCAGAUCCUCCUUCCUCAGUACCAGGGACAAAUUAUCUACUAGAUCCAUCUAAUAACUGCGUAUACUUUAAUGGGAGUGCUUUCAGGUAAAGCAGUUCCCCACUUCAUAAUGCUAAGUGAAAGUCUGAUUCAGGGGGGCAAGAGAAUGGACACAUCUUAAAGUAAGAAAAGUAAAUAUGGGAGGGGGGAGGGUCACAGCAGGGAGGAAUUCGAGCAAGAGUUUGGCAGCCAAUCACUAUGGAAAUUUUGAGAAAUGUUGAUCUCAGGGAAAGAUGCAAAGAAUAUAAGCCCACUUUCUUUUAUUUUUUAAAGAUUUUAUUUAUUCAUGAGAGACACACAAAAAGAGGCAGAGACAUAGGCAGGCUCCCUGCGGGGAACCCAAUAUGGGACUUGAUCCUGAGACCCCAGGAUCACGACCUGACCUGGGCCAAAGGCUCAACCAUUGAGUCACCCACGUGUCCCAUAUAAGCCCAUUUUAAAAGGUGAGAAAAGGAGAAAAAUUGGUGAGAAAAGCGAGAGUAGGGAAAUAAACGACCUCUUGCCUAGUCUCUGGCAUAUGGCAGAACCUGACCCUGACCCUACUUCUUGUUUUAAGUCCGCAUAGCCAAGGCAGCAAUGAGAUGUGCUAUCAUGAGAGGCUUUCACAUUUGUGCAGCUAGGUUCCCUGCUUCCUUAGUUUCCCUGAUCCCUGCUCCAAGCCAUCUCAAGUAUAAGUUAUGAAGUCAGAUUGACAUCUUUGUUUUUUACCAAGUCACAUCACUGAAGGCAUAAAAACCUUGUACGUAAGGACACAAGGAGUGGUGGCCAAUAGUCGAUGACUAAUGAGGGAAGGAAAACACCAAACACACUGUAACUGGAGCAAAAUAUUCUCUAGAGACAAAGAUAUUUCUAGGAUAAUUGUAAACAAUACUGCCCAAGGGCUUCUUCAGGAAACCCAGAGCACUAGCAUUCUAUGAAGUCAAGGUUCAAACUUGUCCUUCAUUUCCUUUACAAUACCCAUGGACACCAUGUGAGAAAAGGAAGGCAUACAGUUUUUAAGGGGAAAACAAAAAUUGGAAAAAAAAUCAAAUGGCUCUUUGUAAAGGCCUCAAAGGAGCAGAAUGCGAUCCAAGGUUCUAUACCCAGAUAAUAUAUGGGGAAACCCUAAAGUUGUAUCUACAAUUAAAAAUGACAAUUCGGGAAGCCUGGGUGAUGCAGUUGGUUAAGCAUCCAACU